ACCCUGGGCCGCCGCAGCGGAACACACUAACUUAACCCCUCGGCCACGGAGCCGGCCCCUGGACAAGUAUUUUAAAAAGGUGUGAGGGCUGUGCAUGUAUAUCUAGAUUUCUUGAGUAUUUACUGUCAAAGAGCAUUUAUGUGUAUUAUCUCAUUUAAUCCUCCAAGAACAUGUGCAUGAAGUACUGUUAUUAUUGUUCCCAUUUUGCUGAGGCAGAGAGAUGUUAAAUAACCUGCCCAAGGUCACAGAACCGGGAAGUAGCAGGGUCGGGACUUAAACUCAGCUCGCUCCUGCCCCAAAUCACCUGCUCGUGUCAUGCGUCCCCCUCCCAGGAAAGCAAGCCCCUGAGGGAAAAUGAAAUAUUCACAACUUUUCACAAAGCUCAGUUUCUAGAACCUUAUAGGAAACCAGGAUGUCUAGCCUGAGCAGGAGAGGAGUCCCAAGGCCAUCCUAAAGGCAGGAGCGGCUCUUGGUUGAGGCCUCGUUAUGACAGUAGACGCUUGCGGUUUGCAGAUGGUUUUUGAAAGGUUUUGGGAGUUAAAGUAAAACAACAAAAUCACUGAAAACAAUUUACAAUUUAUUACUUUCAAGUUUUUAUGUUUCAGGAAAAACCACCAGAGCAAUUCGUGGUGCAUUUUAAUUUCUCUUCCUAAUUCUCCCUCCCAGACUUCAUUUUGGCCUUGAGCAAUCUCUUUACUAAAAGGGCGUUUUUUGGUGAUUCAUUAUGCAAGUCAAAGCUGUCUUGCCUUUGUUUCACCCAGUUACUAACAACUGCAACAUUAGACCCAGCCUGGUGCAAAAGCCACACACGCUGGGUGUGGACCGCACCAUGGCAGUUUGGCUGCAACGUCCCUGCGACAGUAAAGUUUAUACCCUCAGGGACAGCAAAUUGUUCAUCUGGAAUUUGAGGUGAUUUUUUUUCCUCCUGACUGAGCCAGAAAACUAUUCAAACUGUGUUUGUAAUGUGCAAAACUCCCUGUUUUGCCAUGUUCUCAUCCAAGAAUGCACAAGACGACACAGUUGUGUAUGAGCUGAAGGGCUUCUGAAAUGAAAUCCUUGCACCAAUAAAUAUCACCAUCACUUUCCUGUCACUGUGCUUUCAUUUUAGAUGGCUCUGUGGAGUAGCUGAAAUUGUUGAUCUUUCUUUUUAACUUUGCGUAGGACACCGAGACUCAGUGGGCCAAGUCACCUGUGCAGGGCUGGGGAUGAAACCCAGAGCUGUCUGUGUCCAGAACCCGUCCUCCCCCCUCCGCCGGGCACUGUGCUCUGCAGCUCCAGAUCGACUGGUUUUAGAGAAGGAAGCAGUGGCGUGAAGGAUCCAUACAAGGACAUGGAACAGCAUUUUCUACCCAGAGUUCCUUGUUCUCAACUGAAACCUCUGGCAAGUUCCAGCUGAAGCAAAGAGAGUUCGGUGGCGGGAAAGUGAGGUGUUUACCCAGACAGCUGGAAUCAGAAGGAAACUCCGCUUGCCAACGCCGCGUUCUGGGCAGCGAGGAGAGGCAACCUGGCCCUGCUUCGGCUGUUGCUGAACAGCGGCCGGGUGGAUGUCGACUGCAGGGACAGUCAUGGCACCACGCUCCUCAUGGUCGCCUCCUACGCUGGUCACAUAGACUGUGUGAAGGAACUGGUUCUGCAAGGAGCAGACAUCAAUCUCCAGAGAGAGUCAGGCACAACCGCCCUGUUCUUCGCUGCCCAACAAGGACAUAAUGACGUCGUGAGAUUUCUCUUUGAAUUUGGAGCAUCCACUGAAUUCAGGACCAAAGACGGGGGCACUGCCCUGUUGGCCGCCAGUCAGUAUGGGCACAUGCGGGUGGUGGAGACCUUGCUGAAGCACGGAGCCAACAUCCAUGACCAACUUUAUGAUGGAGCCACUGCUCUCUUCUUAGCUGCCCAAGGUGGUUACUUGGAUGUUAUUCGAUUAUUAUUGUCUUCAGGAGCAAAAGUCAACCAGCCAAGGCAGGACGGCACGGCGCCACUGUGGAUCGCCUCUCAGAUGGGCCACAGCGAGGUGGUGAGGGUGAUGCUGCUGCGCGGAGCCGACCGCGACGCCGCCCGGAACGAUGGCACAACAGCGUUACUGAAAGCAGCCAACAAAGGGUAUAAUGACGUUAUAAAGGAAUUGCUGAAAUUCUCACCCACCCUUGGUAUUUUGAAGAAUGGAACAUCGGCGCUCCAUGCGGCAGUGCUCAGCGGGAAUAUUAAAACAGUCAGGCUGCUCCUGGAAGCAGGGGCGGACCCAGCCCUGAGAAACAAGGCCAAUGAACUUCCGGCAGAACUGACCAAAAAUGAACAUAUAUUGCGCCUCCUCCGAAGUAAAGAAGGACACAGGAAGAGCUAACUGGGUUCCAUGUUUGACUGAAAGGUAGAAACCUUAACCACGUUGUCCAAAAAGAAAUUGCUUUUCAAAUAGUGUUGGAAAUUCUUUUAAGAAAGAAAAUGCCCCGGAUGCCCACCCUGGGUCCCUGACCAGGAAGAGCUGUGCUUUGUGCCUUGAGUUAGGAACAGAAAGCUCAGGGGCCCCUCUCCUCACUUACGUGAGCCUCUCACACUGGCCUGUAACCUCGCUCCAGUGGGCCUGGUGGAUUCGUGGAUUCCACAGAAACUCAUUUGAAACUACAGUACCUUGGGUCUCUUGGUUAAACUCUAGUUGGUAAACUCUUUAAGAGGUUUAAGCAAGAAGGCAGAAAGACUGACAGUCUUUAAAAGACUGAAAGUCUGACCUUCAAUGAAUUGAUGCACUUUGACUUUUGUGUUCAAUGUAAGUGUGCUAAAAGAUACAGCUCCAUCAUAUUUUAUGUAUGUAUGUGUGUCAUUCCAGCGUAAGAUGUUUUCUUCUACCCAAGGACUAUAGCCAUGACUAUUACGAGUCAAUGAUGCGUAAAGUUACAUUAUUAAAAAGCCACUUCUGACAUUCCACCAUGUGCUUUUCAAAGAUGGACUGUUGAACUAUAAAAAAGACAAGUUGUUCAUUUGUGAGUUGAUCCUCAUCUUUUUCCUAACAUGUAAAAAUCAUUUUGUCAAUGUUGUAGGUAGGGUAGGAUACAAGUGGCAAAUUUGGAAAAUCAGAAAAUGACAAACCACAAGAUAUUUAGGAUUGUCUCUUGGAGCUUUUAUUUUGAUUCUGUUGUUAGGAAUCCAUUACUCAUGCUGUAAGACAGUAGGCUUAAUAUGCUGUGCAACCUUGAGCUUGCGAUACCACAUUGCUGGAUACAAUGACUUUGAAUAAAAUGUAAUGUAUGCAAAUACGAUAUGUUGCUGUUACUGUUGCAGGAGUAUAAGUAAUAAAAGACUGUUAUUAGUAUUUAA